AUGGGUUCGGGCGCAUCACUGGAUGUUUCGUCCAGCGAAGGCAUCCAUGUUCCGGUGUCGACAGAGAAGAUGGUCCUGGAGAAGCAGCACAUGGACGACGCAGAUGCCUUUUUCAGUGCGGCGGCUACGUUCAAUGAGGACGAGAAGCGGCUUUUCUCUCGAAUGGUCGGCUACGUGGCGAAGACUUGCUUAGGAGGCAUCGAGUACAGCAUGCCCCUUCGGUGCCUACAAGCGGUUGAUGCACUAGAAGCUCCAGAAUCUCGCGUUGCCCUGUGUCUUCAUGGCUUUGGCGAUGAUCGUUGCAUGGCCUUGUGGAGCCACUUCUGGUUGCCCAUGACACAGGAAGGAUUCCAUGUUGUGGCUUUGGAUCUCCCAGGCUUUGGCCGUGCAAGUGGAAAACCCGGCAGCACCAAAGACUGGUCUUCUCUGGACGGAGAGCUACUACUACGUCUCAUGGAAUGCCUCAGGAUACCUUCCGGCUGUGCUUCGGUUUUUGCAGAGGGCAUUGGCGCCUGUGCUUUUCUACGCGCGUAUGCGCAAGACCCUACUCCAUUUGCAGCGCAUCAUGUGCUCUUGAAUGUUCAGAUCGGAGAAGUCCCUAAGGGACUUCGGGAAAACCUCGAAUCACGAGGAGCUGACAUCAUGCUUUGUGGCUGUGAGAAAUUUUAUCCAGCUCAACCUCCCUGGAUGCUUUCUGGUCUGAAUCAACUUUCGGCGUUGCUCCUGGAUCCAAGCACUAUGGGUUUGUUGGGCACGUUUGUUCUUUGGAAAGUGAAAGACGCAGAUGGUCCAACUCCCAUCCGGAGUAUGAAGGAUGGAACGUGGUGGACCGGCAGCUUGGAGAAAACUGCCUUGGCGCACGCUGGGCAUGCCUUGGUUUUUCGAGCUUCACCGGAUUGCUUUCAAGAGCUCUUUCAGUAUGUAAGGGCCCCCCCCCGGAAAGUGGCUGUGAAGACAUCCCCGCUGGGGCCGGAGAUGACUUCGAUCGAAAUGGGCGAAAUCAACGACACGUUUUCAGUUUUCAUUCGGAUCAGGCCGCUUUUGGAAAGAGAACUGAAAGUCAGGUCUGAGAAUUGCUUGGCCGUCUCGGACACAGACUUUCCUCGCGACCCUCCCCCACAGCGGAUCUUGGUGCAAAGCGGCGAUUCCAGUUUGAAGGGCAGUUAUGUGUUCAAUCGUGUGUUCGAGCAGUCUAUGAGCCAGGAAGCUGUGUACAAUUCCACUGCGAAGCCUUUUGUGCAAGAUUUCUUGGCAGGGACAAAUGUCACAAUUUUUGCGUAUGGACAAACGGGCACCGGAAAAACCUACACAAUCUUCGGCCCCCCUGAGGAUCCUGGGAUCGUUACCAGGAGCCUCUCAGACAUCUUUGAGAAGUUGCCAGCAGACAAAGACUUGCAUUAUGAGUACGUGCAGCUUUAUUUGGAUGAUUUUAAGGACCUGUUGGCAGAUGCUGCAGGGCUCGGGAAACUCGUGGAGGGCAAGGCUGGAGUUGAGCUAGUUGGUCUUUCAAGCCAGAAAGCCACGUCGGCGAGUGAGAUUCUCCAAGCUGUGGCCAAAGGAGCAACACGACGUGCUACAAGAGCACAGGAUAUGAAUGAAGUCUCCAGCCGUAGCCAUGCCAUUUUGAUGUUGCGACUGAAACAUGCCAACAGUGUUGACAUUUUCUCAUCCAUGUUCAUUGUUGACUUGGCUGGCAGCGAGCGUGUAGCAAGGAGUGGAGUCACUGGUGAUGGCUUUGCAGAGGCAACCAACGUGAAUUUGUCUUUGACUGCCUUGGGACGAGUGGUAAUGUCUCUGAUUGAAGCCGACAUCAAUCAGACCAAGGGUUUCAUUCCCUAUAAUGCUUCUCCUUUGACUAUGCUGCUGAAAGCAGGGCUGGGUGGCGACAGCAAGACUGCCCUCAUUGCAUGCGUGACUCAAGCAGCAGACUCCCUCAGCGAGAGCGUCAGCACUCUUCGCUUCGCUAUGCAGGCGUCGCAUGUCAAGAACAAGGUGGAACAGAAGCAGGCGCAGGACCAAGCAGAUCAGGAGAAAGCGAAGAUUGCCGAAGCGGCAAAUGAACUGCGCCUCUCUGGUGGCAAAGGAACUGUGGCUUUGACAGCGGGUGACAUCGAAGUUUGGGGCACCUGGCAGUCAGCAGCUGAAGAAACCGUGAUUCUUCUGGGCGGUUUGGGCAGCGAACUGGAAGAGCUGGAAGGCCUCAUUGCCGCAUUGAGGGACGUCAACCAUCAGGUAUUGGCGCCUAAACUGCUUGGAACUGCUGAGAAACAUUUAGACUCUGAUGUCGCGAUUUUGUUGGAGCUCUGCGAUUGGCUUGGCUUGGCCAAGCCUGUGUUCUACGGCCGAGACUGGGGGGCAGUGCGUGCGGUGCGGUACAAAAUGGUCCAUCCAAAGCGAGCGGGCAACUUGGUAUUGGAAAACAGGUUGAACAAGAUGGAUGAAGCUCAGUACAAAGCCAAGGUCAAGAAAGAUCCCAAUUUUUCACUGCAAGAGUACAUGGGGCCCUGGCUGUGGUUUUUCGACGGGACGUUUCCGAAGAGCUUCGAUGGCUCGGGAUUUGGCAAAAAUGUGAAAGGCUUCAAAGGCAAAGUGCUUUUUCUUUGGCCUUAUCACACCAAGGGCAGACACGAUCCACCAAAGAAGGUUACGGCUUGCAGCAAGUUUGCAGAUGCAUACGCGAAAGCUGUGAAGACCAAGCCGGUAGAUUCGUAUCUGAUGACAGAUGCAGACGUCGCUGCUCGGAUUGUAGGAUUUGCUGAGUGA